AUGAAUUCAGAAAACACACAGACAGAUUCAAAUAAUAGAGAAAAGAAAGGAGGAUAUAACAACAACCAAAAGAAAAAAAAUUAUGAUGUAGUAAAUUCACCGAUAAAAAAUGAAAUAUCUCAAAGGGCAUAUGAUAUGGAAAGUGUAAAAGAAAAGAAAAGAGUAGAGAUGGAAAGAAUGGAAAAAGGAGGAAUGUAUACAAAUGAACAACAGGAAAAGAAAGAAAGAAGAGAAAUAUCAUCCAAAACAAGAGAAUCGUCUGAAAGGACUAAUGAAAAGGAAAAAAGAAUGGACAAGAUAGUUUUUGAACAAAGGUUGAGGUACGACGACACGUCCGAUUGGGAACACAGAGUAAGAAACGUAGAUAGUCCGAAAGGGAAAAGUAAAAUUAAAGUAGCUGAUAUUGGGAGAGCGUCCGCUGCAGGAAAGGCAUUAGAGAUAGGUAAAGAGAUGGAGAUGGGUUACGCGGAUGAAAUAGACCACACGGUCGAGUUAGACAAAGCUGCAGAGAUAGGUCAUGCAGCUGAGAUGGGUCAAAGAGCCGAGUUAGACAAAUCUCCAGAACGAAGCGGCGGAUUUCCGGAGGAGAAAAGGUCCGUCGGGUGCAACCAUUUCGCCAUUGAGAGUAUUGAAAAUUUAUGCAAAGAGUUCGAUUUGAAGGAUAUAAAUGGAGGUUUGACAUCUGAGCAAGUAAAAAUCAAUAGAGAAAAAUAUGGAGAAAAUUUCAUUGAAAAGGAUGAUGUGGUACCUGUAUGGAUAAUAUUUUUAUCCCAAUAUUACAGUCCAGUGGUUAUGUUACUACUAAUUGCUGCAAUUGCUAGUUUAGCUUUAAAUGAAGUAGUGGAAGGAGUAGCAAUUAUUAGUAUAGUUACACUGAACGCAUGUUUAGCUACAUAUAUGGAAAAAUCAUCAGGAGAUGCUAUAGCUAAAUUAGCAGAAAUGGCAUCUCCUCAAUGUACGGUUAUGAGAAAUAAUGAAAAAAUAGUAAUACCUUCAAGAGAGGUAGUAGUAGGUGAUGUUGUUAUUAUUAAUACGGGUGAUUCCAUAUCAGCAGAUUUACGAUUAGUAGAAGUUAUUGAAUUAAAAACAAAUGAAAGUUUAUUAACAGGAGAAUCGGAAGAUAUAAAGAAAGGUCUUAUUCCGGAUGAUUAUACUACACCCUUUUCAACAAAUUUAUGUUUUGCUACAACAUCUGUUACUAAUGGAUCUGGAAAAGGGAUUGUUAUAUCCACAGGUUUAGAUACACAGGUAGGAAAGAUAGCAUCUCAAUUAAAAAAAUCGAGUAAAGGAAGUAAGCUAACUCCAUUACAAAUAGCAUUAAAUAGAUUAGGUGGUUUAAUAGGUUUGAUUGCUAUUGUUGUAUUAAUUAUUAUUAUUACUUUAGCUGUACUAAUUAAUUAUAGAGAUCCAGCACAUGCAGAUAAGGAUCCAAUUCUUGCUAUUAUAAUUAUAGGGGUAGGUUUUGCUGUUUCAUCAGUACCUGAAGGUUUACCUAUGGUUGUUACUAUUACACUCUCAGCUGGUGCUAAGGAUAUGGUUAAGAAAAAUGCAAAUGUUAGAAAAUUACCAGCUGUUGAAACUUUAGGAUGUUGUUCUGUUAUAUGUUCAGAUAAAACUGGAACAUUAACUGAAGGAAAAAUGACAGCCAUCAAUGCAGUUACGUUUUGUAAAAAAUCAUCGUUAAGUGAUAAUAAUAAUAAAUUAACAAAAACUUUCGAUUUUUACCCUACCAAAGGGUUUGAACCGUAUGGUGGUUUAUUUGAUUCGAGUGAGUUAACUAGUCAAAUAAAGAAAAAAAUUGUUAUGGCAAAAAAUGAAAACAAAUCUUUUGAAUCCAUUUUGUAUAAUUAUGGAAAUCCAGAUAACAAAUCAUUUGCAGUAGAUAAAACAAGGGCUUUAAUGUUUGCUGCAUAUUUAAACUCGUACGAUACAACAUUAUGUAGAGAUUCGAAAACAGCUAAGUGGAUCAUUCAGGGUAAUAUGAGUGAAGGACCAAUUGUCGUUGCUGCUGCUAAAACAGGAUAUAAUUUUCUUGGAAACACAUCUAGUAAUAUUUAUCUUAAGGAUUACGUACGAUUAGAUAAUUUAGAGGUCACAUUCAACUCGUGUAGAAAAAUGAAAAUUACUUUUUAUAAAUUAAAAAUAGAAAAUCAGUUUGAACAAAUUUAUUUACAUAAUGAAAAUGAAAAAUAUACACAUAUUGCUUUAAUAAAAGGAGCACCAGAUAAAUUAUUAGAUAGAAGUACACAUCUGUUAGAAGAAACAGACAAAGGAGUUGCAAUAGAAUGGAAUAACAAAAUUACAGAACAAGAAAAGAACAUUUUAUAUAACAAAAAUCUGGAGCUAUCUCGAAAAGCUUUAAGAGUUUUAGCUGUUUGUAUUAAACCUUUAACUGAUAAAAAUAUUGAAGAACUAAAAAUUUUAGAUGAUGCAGACGAAAGGUUAAAAUUUAUUAAUUAUGGCCAAUAUGGGGGUGGUAUUAUACCCAUUGGGUAUAUUGCUUCGUUUGAUCCACCCAGACCGGGUGUAAAGGAAGCAAUUCAGACUUGUAGAGAAGCUAAAGUAAAGGUUAUUAUGAUCACAGGAGAUCAAAAACCUACCGCCAUUGCUAUUGGAAAGUUAAUAGGCCUAAUAAAAGAUAAGUCGGAAGGUGUUGAAGUAGGGGAAGGAGAAAAAGAAGAGGUGCAUAAGGUAGAAGGUAUUAGCAAGGAUGAUGACGAUGGGAAAUGUAACAAUGGGAAUGAUGUACAUAAGGUGGAGGAGGCCAUCGAGUGUUCCGAGCUACAUAUCAAUAAUAGCCCUAAUGAACCGAUAUUAUCAGAUGAACAAUUGGACGCAUUUACCGAUAAAAUUCUAAUAUAUUCAAGAGCACAACCGGAAGACAAAAUUACUAUAGUUCAAUCUUUAAAAAGAAAAGGGUACCUAGUGGCUAUGACAGGAGAUGGAGUUAAUGAUGCUCCAGCUUUAAAAGCUGCAGAUAUAGGAGUAGCAAUGGGUAUAAAUGGAACAGAAGUAGCUAAAGGAGCAUCCGAAAUGAUUUUAAUAGAUGAUAACUUUUGUACUGUUGUUAGUGCAAUUGAUGUAGGAAGAACUAUAUUUUCGAAUAUACAAAAGUUUGUUUGUUUUUUACUUGGUACAAAUAUUGGUGAAAUCUUAUAUUUAUCAAUCGCAAUAGCAUUACAAAUGCCUUUUCCAUUAGAAGCAUUACAGAUAUUAUUUUUGAAUUUGAUGACGGAUGGAUGCCCAGCUGUUGCUUUAUCAAGAGAACCACCAAAUGAUGAUAAUAUGAAAACACCUCCAAGACCAAAAAAACAACCUAUUAUGACGAAACGUUGGUGGUUUUAUGGAAUUCUACCACAUACUAUAUUUGAAGCUUUGUGUGUAUUGUUAUCAUUAGCAUUCUCUUUAUAUAUAUGUACUGGAAGUUAUACAUUAAAUGACAUUCACGGUUCAUGUAAAACUGUAAAAAUACCUGAAUAUUCAGACAAUUCAACUUUACAUGAAUUUAGAUACUUUUGUAGUACAUAUGAAUAUAGGAUUACAUCUGAUUAUAUUGGAUGGAUUACUAAUAUUAAUUUUUGGCAUCCUCGUAAAAAAGUUCCAGUAGUAUUUUUGGGUGCAGCAAAAGGAAAGGUUAAAAAUUUAAGACCAACAUCUGCUGAAAUUCAUCCCGAUAUUCGUAGAAUAAUGCAGAAUGGUUGCCCUGACGAUAUAGCUGUAGAUGAAUAUGGAUGGUGUAGACCUGCACUUGAUACUAAAGUUAAAGGAAAAGAAGAUAUCAUACAAGGUGCAUUUAGAAAAAAUUAUGAAGAUGUAGCAUCCAAGGGUUCAAAACGUGGUAGAACUAUAGCAUUUAUAUCAGGUGUGUGGUGUGAAAUGCUUAGAGCUUAUACAGUAAGAAGCUGGAAGCCAUUUUAUAAAGUUUUUAAUAGAAACAUGUGGAUGCAUUUAGCUUGUAGUAUAUCAGCAACUUUAACUUUUAUCGCUACUUGUUUACCUGGUAUAACGGCCGUUUUGAAUACUACCUGUUUGUUGUGGUGGCAGUAUCUCUUUGGCAUUUCAUGGGCUUUCCUAAACUUAAUCCUCGAUGAGAUCAUACCCAAAGUUUUGUACAGGAGAAAAUACAAAACUAUUGGAGGUUAA